CCACCAGAAGGGCGUGACUUUUUGGUUUAGAUUCUUUUCAACUGACCCCACUAACAUCUUGGCUGUAAUAUCUGGCUAUAUUUUUAGCUUCUAUAAAAGCAGCCUGUAUCGGGAGAAGCCAGACACAGGAGUAGAGCGAGGGACAAGUGAGGACAGCUUAGAAUUUGUCCCUUGCCUGCCGCACCCGCACCACAUAACAUGGCAUCUGGAUCCACCAUGAUGGAACCCAUAUGUCUGAUAGAAAACCAGAAAAAUCGACUAAGAGUAAAUCCAAAUGCACUGAAGAUUCUUCAGGAGAACUCUCAGCCUGUGGUGGUGGUGGCUAUUGUAGGGCCGUAUCGAACAGGAAAAUCCUACCUAAUGAAUCGCCUGGCAGGACAGAACCAUGGUUUCCCUCUGGGCUCCACAGUGCAGUCUAAAACCAAGGGCAUCUGGAUGUGGUGUGUGCCUCACCCCUCCAAGCCAAACCAUACUCUGGUCCUCCUGGACACUGAGGGCCUGGGCGAUGUGGAAAAGGGUGACUCUAACAAUGACUCAUGGAUCUUUGCCCUGGCCGUGCUUCUGAGCAGCAUGUUUGUCUACAACAACGUGGGCAUCAUCAACCACCAGGCCCUGGAGCAGCUGCACUACGUGACUGAACUAACAAAACUAAUCAGGACAAAAUCCUCUCCCAGCUCUGGUGAAGUACAUGACUCAGCCAACUUUGUGAGUUUCUUCCCAGACUUUGUUUGGGCUGCACGAGAUUUCAUGAUGGAGUUAGUGUGGAAAGGACACCCCAUCACUGAAGAUGAAUACCUGGAGAAUGCCUUGAAGUUGAUUCCAGGGGAGAAUCACCAAACCCAGAAAUCUAACUUGUCCAGAGAGUCUAUCAGGAAGUUUUUUCCAAAACGGAAGUGCUUUGUUUUUGACUGGCCUACAAAUGACAAAAAAUUAUUACUCCAUAUUGAGGAAGCAUCAGAAAACCAACUGGAACAGAAUUUCCAGGUGCAAUCCAAAAAUUUCUGUUCCUAUAUCUUCACACAUGCAAAAACCAAGACCCUACGAGAGGGACUCAUUGUCACUGGAAAUAGGCUGGCCACUCUGGCAGAGACCUAUGUAAAUUCUAUCAACAGUGGAGCAAUUCCUUGUUUGGAAAAUGCAGUGAUAAAUCUGGCUGAGCGUGAGAAUUUAGUGGCACUACACGCGGCAGCCAACUACUACAGUGAGUACAGUGAGCAGAUGGCCCAGCGAGUGAAGUUCCCCACAGACACACUCCAGGAACUACUGGACCUGCAUGCAGCAUGUGAUAAGGAAGCCAUUGCAGUGUUCAUGGAGAACUCUUUCAAAGAUGACAAGUUGGAGUUCCAGAAGAAGCUUGUGGAAACAAUAGAGGGCAAAAAAGGAGAAUUCUUGCUUCAGAAUGAAGAGGCAUCUGCCAAGUAUUGCCAGGCUCAGCUUAAGCAGCUUUCAGAGACUCUGAUGGAAAGCAUUUCCAGAGGAAUUUUCUCUGUGCCUGGAGGACACAAUCUCUACUUAGAAGCAAGGAACACAGUUGAACGGUCCUAUCAGCUGGUGCCCAGGAAAGGAGUUAAGGCGAACGAGGUCCUCCAGAGCUUCCUGCAGUCACAGGCUGCAAUAGAGAAAUCCAUCCUGCAGUCAGACAAAGCUCUCACUACUGCAGAGAAGGCCACACUAGCUGAGCGUGCCAAGAAUGUGGCAACUGAGAAGGAACUGGCACUGCUAAUACAGAAAGUACAGGAACAGGAGGAAAAAUUGAAGGCUCAACAGAAAAGCUACAAUGAAAACAUGGCCCAGCUGAAGAUAAAGUUGGAGAGAACGGAGAAAACCCUACUGGAAGAGACAGAAAGAAUGCUAGAGCACAAGCUGAAGAUCCAGAAAGAACUAUUUACUGAAGGGUUUAAAAAGAAAUAUGAGGAGAUGAAUAAAGAGAUAAAUCAACUCAAAGAAGAUAAUGAAAGGUCGAAAAUUUAUUCACCAGAGAAUAUUUCAAAACUCCUUUCUUUGGCAGAAAAUUUGUUAACUGGAAUAUUCUUAGGUGUUAAACUAAUCACUGAGACGUGAGAUGUAUCUACAAUUCUGCCUCUAUAAAGCAUGUUUAAAGGGUAUCGUAUGUUUUAAUAGCCUAUCACUGUGGCUUAUUUUUGAAGUAUGUGUAUCAUGGUGGGUUCAUCUAAGAAAAGUUUAAAAAAUAAAAAGUGAUUAUAAGAAUAUCAGGGCAUGAUAUCCAAAGUUUUAAAAAAAAAACCCUUAAUUUUGAUUUAAAAUUAAAUCAAAAUUUA